AUGUACACGUGCUUGUCAAAUCGACGCCACACCGCUCCCUCACCGGCGCCGUUUGCGGUAUAUGCGAUGAACAGAGACUCAGAAAGAGCUGUAAGGCUCUCAGCCGCACACCAUGUCUACGCCAUCUGUGGCUUCGCCGCCAUAGGUGGUGCUCUUUUCGGUUUCGACAUCUCUUCCAUGUCUGGUGUGCUCGGCACACAAGCCUACUCUCGCUACUUUGAUGCGCCCAGUGGAACUCGCCAGGGUGGGAUCACUGCGGCCAUGCCUGCUGGAUCCCUCGUCGGUGCGCUUGCCUCGUCUUUCCUUGCGGAUAGGCUCUCGCGCCGCAAUGCUAUUCAAAUCGCUGCCCUCAUCUGGAUCAUCGGCGCCAUCUUCCAGGCCGCUGCCAAUGGUAUUCCCUUGCUCUGCGUCGGCCGUGUCGUCGGUGGCUUCGCCAUCGGUAUCUGUUCUGCCAUUGUUCCAGUCUACCAAUCCGAGAUCGCCCCCAAGGAGAUUCGUGGUCGCGUCGUCUCACUCCAACAGUGGGCUAUCACUUGGGGUAUCCUGAUCCAAUACUUCAUCCAGUACGGCUGUUCUUUCACGGGUGGUGGUUCCAAGAACCCUAACCAAGGUACUGCAGCCUUCCGUAUUCCAUGGGGAAUCCAGGCCGUCCCCGGUGCUAUUCUGUUCAUCGGCAUGUUUUUUUUUCCUCGCUCUCCACGUUGGUUGGCCUCCAAGGACCGCUGGGAAGAGGCUCUUGAGACUCUCGCCCACCUCCACGGCGGUGGUGACGUCAAUCACCCCAAAGUUCUUGCCGAGUACAAGGAAAUUGAAGAGGCCCUUCGCUUCGAGCGUGAAGAGGCUGAGACAAGCUUCGCUGCCCUGAUCAAGCCCCGUAUCGUCAAGCGUGUCAUCCUCGGCAUGUCUAUCCAGAUGUGGUCGCAACUCUGUGGAAUGAAUAUUAUGAUGUAUUACAUAGUAUUCAUCAUGAGAGGCGCAGGUAUCGCUGAUGAGCUCCUUACGGCCAGUAUCCAGUACAUAAUCAACGUCGCCAUGACUCUCCCUGCGAUUUUGUACUUGGACAGGUUCGGACGCCGCCCAGCUCUUCUUGUGGGUAGCUUUUUGAUGGCCGUCUGGUUGUUCACCACUGGCGCUCUGCAGGCUUCGUACGGCAAUCCUAAUCCAGACCCAACCGACAAGGACAUCUCCUGGGUUGUCCCGAGGGAACACAGCGCGGUCUCCAAGGGUAUUGUUGCUUGCUCCUACCUCUUCGUGGCCACGUUCGCUACCACCUGGGGACCUACCUCAUGGACCUAUCCUUCCGAAAUCUUCCCUGCCAAGGUCCGCGCAAAGGCUGUCUCCCUGGCCACUGCUGCCAACUGGACCUGGAACUGUAUCCUUGCGUUUGCUGUCCCCCCUCUUCUAUGGUCCAUCAACUGGCAGAUGUACAUGAUUUUCGGGACUUUCAAUGCCGCUGCCUUUAUCCACAUGUUCUUGACUGCACCCGAGACCAAGGGCAGGACACUCGAGGAGAUGGAUGAUGUCUUCGACAGUGGACUCCCUGCCUGGAAGGCCGGCAAGAUUGCCUCACGUUUCGACCAGAUCACUCGCGAUAUCGAGAAGGGCGACCUCAAGGUUGCCGGAAGGGCCCAUGAGGAAGUUGCUGUUGAGCCCAAGGCUUAG